AUGGUUUUGAAUCGCACGGUUAUGGAGAUAAACUGUAAGAGGGACGGUCAACCAGGGACCAGGGAGAAUCCUGCAAUCCUUUGCCCUCCUGAAUACAUGGUUUGCUUCCUGCACCGACUGAUUGCUGCUUUGCGAAGUUACUGGGAUGAGUACAGACGGAGGAAUCCAUCAGCAAUACCCAGUGAAGAUGCUUACGUUCCCCCUCAGCUCUUUUUUAAUGGGAAGGUGGAUUACUUUGACCUGCAGAGACUUGGUGGCCUUCUUUCCCAUCUGAAGAAAACUCUGAAAGAUGAUCUUGCAUCCAAAGCGAAUAUCAUCAUUGACCCUGCAGAGAUCUCUGCCAUUUCAAUGGACGACUUGGAUGAGGAUGAUGAGAGUGUAACUCAGCAGCAGAGGCCAGGUGGUGCUGCUGCAGGUGCAGGAAGUCUUGCCAGGCCGAGCUGGUUAAGUUCACCAACGCUGGGGCGAGCCAAUAGGUUCUUAAGCACGGCAGCUGUGAGUUUGAUGAAUCCCCGUCGAUCCUUGACUUCAGUCGAAAAGGUGAAGGUUCGUACUCUGAGUGUGGAGCAGAGGACAGAGGAGGACAUUGAAGGAAGCCACGGAAAUGAUGGCCUGUUGCUAGGGCGUCCCCCUGACGAACCAGAUCACCCGAUCACAGAGAAAUCUUUACUGGAAAUUCUGGAUGGUGCUAUCAUGAUGUACAACCUGAGCGUGCACCAACAGCUUGGCAAGAUGGUGGGUGUGUCAGAUGAUGUCCAUGAAUAUGCAGUGGCACUGAAGGACACUGAAGACAAGAUUGCAAGAUGUCCUGCAAAGAGGAAGGAUAUUCUGGAUGAAUUGACAAAGAGCCAGAAAGUCUUCUCUGCAAAGCUGAAUCACCUGAGUCGCCGGUUAGCCUGGAUAAAUGCCACCAUCUACUCUAAGGAGAAGAUGCUGGACAUCUACUGGCUGCUCCAAGUGUGCAUACGAGUAAUCGAACAUAGUGACCGGACCACGACAUUGUUCGCUUUCAUGCCAGAGUUUUACAUGAACGUUGCUAUGAAUAGCUACAGUGCUUUGAAGAAUUACUUCAGUCCGGUCAACAGCAUGGAUGAGCUGCCUGAGUAUCAGGAGACGCUGAGUCGAUUGGCAGCUAUCCUCGCCAAGCACUUUGCUGAUCCUCGAAUUGUGGGAACUGACAUUAAGGAUUCACUGAUGCAGGCUCUUGCCAGCUAUGUCUGCUACCCCCACUCCCUGCGAGCUGUUGAACGUAUUCCAGAGGAACAACGUGUGGCCAUGAUGAAGAAUCUUCUAGCUCCAUAUGAACAGCGCCCAUGGGCUCAGACCAACUGGAUCCUUGUGCGACUCUGGAGGGGAUGUGGAUUUGGAUACAGGUACACGCGACUCCCUCACUUACUGAAAAGUAAACCGGAAGAUGCCAACAUGCCAAGCCUGCAGAAACCUUGUCCAUCUACUCUACUGCAACAACACAUGGCAGACUUGCUUCGCUCUGAUUCAGAAAUGGCAGCCAGUUUCCUGAAUAGUGUCCUCAACCAGCUGAACUGGGCCUUCUCAGAGUUCAUUGGCAUGAUCCAGGAGAUUCAGCAGGCAGCCGAACGGCCAGAGCGAAAUUUUGUCGACAGUCGGCAGCUGAAGGUUUGUGCCACCUGCUUUGAUCUUUCCGUGAGCUUGCUAAGGGUCCUGGAGAUGACCAUCACUCUUGUCCCUGAGAUCUUCCUGAAUUGGUCCAGACCAUCCGCAGAACUGCUGCUGAGACGCCUUGCACAGCUAAUAAACCAAGUAUUGAACCGAGUUACGGCUGAAAAGAACCUCUUUGACCGUGUUGUCAAUCUCCGCUUACCUGGUUUGGAAAGCGUGGAUCAUUAUCCAGUCCUUGUAGCUGUAACAGGAAUUCUUGUCCGAAUUCUGGUUGACUCUGAUGUUCAGGGGGGAUUUGCAGAGAGAACAACUUACAGAGAAAGCAUCCAAAGAGCAACAGCUGUCCUCCUGGCUGACCCCUGCUUCCAGCUGAGAUCAAUACAGUAUCUGCUCGGAGAAAAUGAUCUCUCAGCCCUGGGAGCAACACCCCCACCAUCGGAGAAGAAGCAUUUCUCCCUCCAAGCAUACCCAGAUUAUAUCAGCCUGGAAGAGCUGGGGAAAGUUGAAGGCCUUCUCUCCCAUUUGACACGCGAGUCUAAGCAGGCAGCAUCUACUGCACUGCCCACCAGUGAGGAAGAUCUGUGCCCAAUCUGUUACGCUCACCCCAUCUCUGCCAUCUUCAGGCCGUGUUCACACAAAUCCUGCAAGGCCUGCAUCAACCAGCAUCUGAUGAACAACAAAGAUUGUUUCUUCUGCAAGGCCAUGAUCACUGCAGUGGAUGAUUAUACAAAACCAUCCUCCUCCUAGUUGCCGUUGACCCUGCUUUCCAGCACUAAGGAGAAGGGAUGCUGCUUCACGACAUGGGGGACUGCAUCUUGCAAGGAUCUGAAUGAUCAAUAUCCGAUGUCUACAAGAGGGAAUGAUCCUUGGUGAUUCACUGAGCGGGUGAUUUGCUUGUUAGACUGCUAUUGUGUUUCAAAUAUUGAUCGCUUGUGACUGAGACUAACGUGUUCUGAAGGGCAAUUAACAGAUUGGAUUUCACUCUAUCCCAUCAAACACUGACACAAAUGCUGUGUCUUAGCUAUGACUGCCACCCUGGGUCCUAAUGCCUAUCCCCUGAACCAGCUCAUGAGACUCAAACUGGGGGUCAGGUUUUAAAGCAAUAGGAGAGGAAACAAAUAUUUAUGUGCCCCACUGUAUUGUUCAGUGUCAACAAGAGACUGAUUGGGGGUUGGAAAUAAAACAGUUAGUUGUCCCCAAACUGUAAGGGGACAUCCUUCUGUCUACAGAUUAUUUCAAGUUCCUGAGAACUCCCUGGACCCUUUUCACUUGCUAUUAAGGUUUUUGUUGGGAACUUUUAAACGCCAAGAGAAUUCAGAUUUAUGUUAAUCAGCUGCAUUGUUUGAUGCCCUGCUUUGUGGUGGAUUUUGUUUUAUUUUUGUGUUCUUACAUUCUUAAGCCAGAAAGUCAUUUCCUCCGAACUCAAAAGUUUCUGCAAAGCAUCCUGAGUUGUUCAAGCUCCUACGUGGGAAAUGUUUCUCUCUAAUUCCUGCCCAUCUAAUUGCUUUGUAAGGGCUGGUUUCCACCAGCUGAGGCCCUGUUGUAAUGGGGCUGAGGUUUGCCCUUUAAUUUUGGCAUGCUUGACAUCCAAGACCUGGCUUACGUAACUAGCAUUGACACUGUACAACUCACUGGAGUUCAGUAGCAUCACUGAGGUGCUGUUAGCAAACCUUACCUGUAAUUUUAGCCCUUCUCAUCUAUAUCCCAGACACAGCACUCAAAACAGCCAACCCCAAAACUCCACUGCAGUUCCUGUGCCAAUCUCUCUGCUCAAGUGUCUCCUCACCUCCCAUCCCUUGCCAUUUUUUCAUCUAUAAGCCUUCAGCUUUAAUUUGAAGAAAGGUUUACCUUUAGAACUGGAGCUGGUUUGAAUAAUUUGAGUCAGGGCCCCUUUACUUUCAGAAGCCGGUCAACUAAGGUAGUGAUAAUGUUUGGUCACAUUUUGAUACAUUUGUUUACAGUGUGCAGUACAACAGAAAUAUUGCUAUCAUUAUAGUGAGGUUUUCCCAUCAAUCUGAUUGCACUGUGUCUGCAAUGGCAUUGAGGUCUAGGAGAUCUUAAGCCAAAAUAUCAGAAGAUGCUGGAGGUUUCUUCAGUUUUUUGUGAUUUAUGUAUGAGACUCCCAAAUCCCUCUGCACUGUGGUAUUGUGAAAUGUGUUAGUGGCUAAGAUUUGGUUUACUUAAACCAGUAAGUUCUGAACAUAAAAAUGAACAAGUUUGUUGGAGGAAAUAAGCACAAGGGGAGUGAGAAAUUUUUCAGCACUGUUGCUCUCAGCAGUGUACGGACACUGUAACUACCCAUGAAAGUUGUGCCAGUUUCUCCUGUUAGUAGCUUUUGUGACCAACCAGAGGUACAAACACACAAUAUGAGAGUUCUGACAAUGAACAGUGACUGCUGACUCUCAAUCAUAAUGCUGUCUCCUGCUUCCCGAAUCAAACCCAACAGAAGACCCCAUUCACGUAAGGGACUGGCAGCAAACACUCUCCCAAAGUCACCAGCACUCAGUCAGCCCAGAACAUGCACUUUACCAGGACCGACCCGGCCAUGCACUCAGACAAACGUGUAUGUUUCAUCAUGGUGGGUCAAAUGUUGCAGGCCACUCUGUGAUGCAGCCUUACACCAGAAGUGUCUUAAAGACACUGUUGAUGGUCCUCCUGCUCCAUCACUAGUUGGAACUAUGGUUAUAGCAAAUUGGGAACUAAACUUUGCAGAAGAGAGUGUGUUUAGUUGAGCAGCUGACUUGUUACCUAUUAAAAUCCAGCAGAACCAGGAUUAAGUAUUGUUGUGCAUGCAAUAUUGUCUGUUAUCACAUAAACACAUUCAAAUAAUUUGCAGGUUUUCGGGAAAGGUUGAAUAUUGUGACUAGUGUGUGCUUCCAAUAUAAAACAUAUGGUGUUAACACAUUGUGAACUUUUCAUCCCUACCCAAAAACCCUUUCCUUAAUGGUUCAGAACUUAGUUUAUUUUUACAGAAGAAUCCACAAUCAGUUGUUUCAAUUGUGAUUAUACAGUGGGAUGUUAUUUGUAUUAGUGAGAAAAGGGUCUGCAGUGGUAAGGCUUUAGCUCCACCUCACUGAAAUUGAGUGCAGUGUGAGAAACCAAUGAUUCCUGCUUUUUGUACUGUUAGUGGGAGUCCCUUUUGUUGGAGCUGUGGAGUGAAUGAAGCUGCUGCUUGUAUUGAAUUCCUGAAGGAGUUUAAAUGCAGACCUGAGCAUUAAAAUGAUUUAUGCGUCUGUCCGUAA